AUGGCAGUUCAAUGGGCCCCCCUCUCGCUCCCUCUCCCCCGCCGUCGUCAGACCGCGUCAGUCCUCCUCUGGAUGCUCCUCAUACCCAUCUCCUUCGCUAUAUUCUUCUACUUUCUCUUUACUCCGAAAUUCACACCUCUGGCGCUCGCAUAUGUCGUGUUUAUCAUUUUGGAUCCGAGUCCCGAGACGGGUGCGAGGAGGGUCAUGUGGAUGAGGAAAUUGCCGAUUUGGAGGUGGUGUAAGGAUUAUUUCCCGAUCCAACUCGUGUCGAUGGCGGAGUUGGACCCCAGUAGGAACUAUCUUUUUGGUUAUCAUCCUCAUGGAAUCAUCGCCCUCGGCUCCUUCCUCAACUUUGGCACCGAAGCCUCCUCCUUCUCGCACAAAUUCCCCGGGCUCAACAUCCGUCUCAUGACCCUGCAGACCAACUUCAACCUCCCCCUCUGGCGCGAAGUCCUCCUCUCGCUGGGAAUCUCGUCCGUCAGCCGCCGGUCGUGCGAUAAUAUUUUGAAUAAAGGGCCCGGACAUAGUUGCAUGAUUGUUGUGGGCGGCGCGACGGAGAGUUUGCAUGCAUUUCCGGGGAUUGCGGAUUUGAUUGUGAGGAAACGGUUAGGGUUUAUCAAGGUUGCGCUGAGGAAUGGGGCGGAUCUUGUGCCGGUUUACAGUUUUGGUGAAAACGACCUCUGGGACCAAGUCCCCAACCCGCCCGGGUCCGCCGUGCGCACCAUGCAAGCGCUCUUCCAGAAAUACAUGACAUUCGCGCCCCCGCUCUUCUUCGGCCGCGGUGUGUUCAACUACAGUUUUGGGAUCAUGCCGUAUCGUCGGGCUGUUGUUUCCGUUGUCGGACGACCAAUCGAAUGCCCCAAAAUCGAAAACCCCUCCCAAGAAAUCCUACUCGAGUACCAACAGAAGUACCUCGACGAGCUGAUGCAUAUCUGGGACACGUACAAGGACAAGUACGCAAAGAACCGCAAGAGGGAGAUGCGGUUCCUUGAAUGA